GUUAAACUAGUGGUAGGAUAAAGAAGUGAUGUUGAAAAUGAAGAGUCUUGCAUUCCAGAUCUUACUUUGUGUAGCAUUUUCUUUUGCUUUUCCAGUAGUUCCAGAAACAGAGAAGAAAAAUGAAGAAGACAUGCAAUUUGCUGAGAAAUAUCUGGAAAAGUACUAUAAACUUAAAACAGAGGCAGAACCUAUCUUUAAAAUGAAGAACAGCAAACCCAUAACUGACAAAAUCCGAGAAAUGCAGGAAUUCUUUGGGCUGAAAGUGACUGGGGAACUGGAUUCCAAUACUUUGGAGGUGAUGAAGCAGCCCAGGUGUGGAAUACCUGAUGUCGGUCAAUUCAGAAUCUUUCCAAAGUCUCCUAGAUGGACAAAAACAGAUCUGAAAUAUAGGAUUUUGAACUACACACCAGAUAUGGAACCAGCUGAUGUAGAUGAAGCGAUUGAGAAGGCUUGGAACGUCUGGAGCAGUAUGACCCCACUGAAAUUCACCAGAGUUUAUGAAGGCAAUGCAGAUAUAAUGAUCUCCUUUGCAGCUAGAUUUCAUGGUGACUUCUUUUCCUUUGAUGGAGUGGGUGGAACCCUCGCUCAUGCCUAUGCACCGGGCGAAGGUAUUGGUGGAGAUGCCCACUUUGAUGAGGAUGAAUACUGGACAAAAGAUUUGAAAGGAUUCAACUUGUUCCUUGUUGCUGCUCAUGAGUUUGGCCACUCAUUGGGUCUUCAUCAUUCAAAUGUCCUUGGCUCCUUGAUGUAUCCAGCCUAUCUGCAGAGAGAGAUCAGAAACUACAGACUCCCUCAGGAUGAUGUUGAAGGCAUUCAGACCCUAUAUGGACCCCCAACCUCUACUGAGCCACCAGCUUCCACACCAUCUAAAGGAACACCCACAGAAACAUCAACCACAGGCAUCUGUGACCCUCACUUGACUUUUGAUGCCAUCACCAGUCUCCGUGGGGAAAUAAUGUUCUUUAAGGACAGGUUUAUCUGGCGCAAGAGUCCUUAUUUCCCAGGUAUUGAGCAUGAAUUAAUUUCUUCCUUCUGGCCAGCCCUACCAUCUGGCUUUCAAGCUGCUUAUGAAAUUGACAAGAAGGAUCAAGUGUUUCUUUUUAAAGGAAAUCAAUACUGGGUUGUCAGUGGAUACUCUGUACAUCCAGGUUUUCCUAGGAACAUCCACACCCUGGGCUUUCCAAGAUAUGUUAAGAAAAUUGAUGCCGCUGUUUAUGACGAGAAUACCAAAAAAACAUACUUCUUUGUAGGUCACAAGUAUUGGAGUUAUGAUGAAGUCACCAAAUCCAUGGAGAAGGGUUAUCCAAGACGCAUAUCAGUUGACUUUCCAAGAAUUGGCAAUAAGGUUGAUGCUGCUUUUCAGGAAAAAGGACAUUUCUAUUUUUUCGAUGGAUCAAAGCAGUAUGAGAUAGACACCAAGUCCAAGAAAGUUAUUCGUGAAAUGAAGAGCAAUAGUUGGUUUGACUGCAAAUAAGAGCAGACACACAAGGUGAUGGUGCAAAAGAAACAGAACCCAAUUUUGUAUGCGUUAGAGAUGGUUUUUCAUAAAUUUUUUGUUUCUAAUCAGUAUUGUUAAUCUUUUACUUUAUGUCUGAGCCACAUAAGAGCUGUGAUUUCUGAUAAAUAUUAUUUUAAAUAACAGAGGAAAUGUUAAAUUUAAUAUAUAGCUUUAACUUAUCUUAGUAUUGUAUUUAGGCUAUUU